UUGCUCAGAUGUACUGUAGAAAACUGUCGGUCACAGAAAAAAGAAUAUAAAGAUGAGAAAAAGCGUGUCGCUGCUCAGCUCAUUUCGGCACUCCGAGAUCCGACUGUGGUUGUUAUGGCCGAUUUUCUCAAAGUUCGAGGUAACUUCAGAAAGUGGAGCCGAUUUUUCUGCGUGCUUAAACCUGGACUUCUUAUAAUAUACAAGUCGAAUAAAAUCAAUAAGGUAUCACUUUGUUUUCUAUUCCUUCAUUUCUGGACGGUGCUUCUCAGUACAUGUGAACUUAUAGAGCGUCCAUCAAAAAAAGACGGGUUUUGUUUCAAACUCUAUCAACCACUUGAUCAGAGUAUUUGGGCAACAAGAGGUCCACUUGGAGAAUCGCAUGGUGCUGUUACAUUUCAACCACUUCCGGCUGCACAUCUAAUAUGCCGUGCUACGGACGAACAGGCUGGUCGUUGUUGGAUGGAUGCAUUGGAAUUGUCGUUGAGCUGUUCGUCUUUAUUACUACGAACAAUGAAAAAGGUAUCCACGUUUUCGUUUAAAGUCGAAUGCAUGACACAUCCCUUAGGGAUAGAUCAACGCAGAGAGCUUUAUCUUUUUUGUAUAGAAAUGUGUACGUGUUUUCUGCUGUAUUUUGCUAUUUUUAUAUUAUUGUUAUGUCAUCUUGCUAUAGUCUGCUAUCUUUUCUAUUUGCAUAUAUAUUUUAAGCAGAUGAUUUUCUCAUUUGUUUCUGUUAAGUUUAACAAUACAUUGGAAAACAGCCAAACGGAAGAAGUCGGCGAUGAGAACAAGUCACUGAUUUGGACGCUUCUCAGACAAAUACGUCCUGGAAUGGAUUUAUCUAAGGUUAUUUUACCGACUUUUAUUCUGGAACCUCGGUCGUUUUUGGAAAAACUUGCGGAUUAUUACUAUCACGCAGAUUUGCUUUCAGAGGCGUCAGCUGAACCUGAUCCUUACAAUCGGAUAGUGAAAAUCGUUAAAUUCUAUCUCUCUGGCUUCUACAAGAAACCGAAAGGUCUGAAGAAGCCUUAUAAUCCGAUUCUCGGAGAAACAUUCAGAUGUCGCUGGACACAUCCUGAUGGAUCCUAUACAUAUUAUAUUGCAGAACAGGUAUCUCAUCAUCCUCCAAUCUCAUCGCUCUUUGUCACUAAUCGCAAAGCCGGAUUCAAUGUCGCCGGAACGAUUCUCGCUAAAAGCAAGUAUUACGGAAACAGCUUGAGUGCUAUUAUGAAUGGAACACUUAUGAUUGCUCUCCUCGACCGAGGUGAGAAAUAUGUAGUGACAUUGCCGUACGCCAGUUGUAAAGGAAUCAUGAUAGGUACGAUGACAAUGGAGCUGGGUGGACAGGUCUCCAUUGAAUGUGAAAAAACUGGAUAUACCGCAGUCCUAAAUUUUCUGUUGAAACCAAUGUUUGGAGGGUCAAUGAAUAAGAUUACGGGGGCUGUAAAACUAGGACAUGAGACUUUGGCGGAAAUUGAAGGAUUUUGGGACGGGCAAACGAAAAUCAAGGAUGGUGCAAAGGGAGAUCUCUGGAAUCCAACUCCAGAAGUGAUAAAAGCUCGGUUAGUCCGAAGCGAAAUCGACCUCGAUUCUCAAGCCUAUAUUUCAACACAUCUAUGGCAUAUACCUUGGGUGAUUAACGGUGUUGAUCUCAAAAAUUUCUGCUCUAUAUCCGCUUUGAAUAUGUUCGAAAUCAGCUAG